AUGACGCUGACACUUUGGAGCGCCCUGAACCCCGAGAACGCCCGCACCCAGAAGAUCCUGGUCGCGGCGGCCUUCGCCAACGUGCCCCUGACACUGAAGCCGUGCGAGUACGGCCGCGAGAACGAGACGGCGGAGUACUGCCGCAACUGCAGCCCGUGCGGCCGCUACCCCGUGCUGCAGACGGAGGAUGGCUACAUCUUCGAGUCCAACGCGAUCCUGCGCCACAUCGCGCGCGUCGACAAGAGCGGCACCUUCAUGUACGGCCGCACGCCGUUCGAGGGCAGCCAGGUGGACAUGUGGCUCGACUUCGCGGCGUCGGAGCUCGACGCGGCGGUGGUGCCGUUCCUGAGGCACGCCUUCCGCGGCGAGCCGCUCGCGCCCGACGCGAUGGACCGUGUGCAUGAGGUGAUGCUGGGCCUUGACACGUGGCUGGAGACGCGCACGUUCCUCGUCGGCGAGCGCUUGACGGUUGCCGACAUCGCCGUCGCGUUUGCGCUGCAGUGGCACUACCGCCUGAACCGCGCGGAGGGCGAGGCGCUGACGAAGAAGUACAAGAACGCGUACCGCCUGUACAACACGGUGAUGCAGCAGCCGAAGACGGUGGAGGUGCUGAAGUCGCAGGGUGCGACGUUCGGGCCGGUGCGUGCGGAGAAGGCGGCCGCUGCGGCUGCGCCCGCGAAGGCGGAGAAGAAGCCGAAGGCCGCCCCCCGCGACGACGCGGACGAAGACGAGGCGCCGAAGGAUAAGAAGAAGCCCAACCCGCUGGACGAGCUGCCGCCCAGCCCCUUCGUGCUGGACGCGUUCAAGCGCGAGUACAGCAACACUGACACACGCACGGUUGCGUCGCCGUACUUCUUCCAGAACUUCGACGCCGCCGGCUACACGGCGUUCUGGUGCCGCUACAAGUACAACGAGGACAACAAGAUGCAGUUCAUGACGGCGAACCUGAUCCGCGGCUGGUUCCAGCGCAUGGAGCACACGCGCAAGUACGCCUUUGGCGUCGCGCUCAUCAUUGGCGAGGAGAAGAAGCACGACAUCGUGGCGCUGUGGGUGUUCCGCGGCAAGGGCAUGCCCGAGAUUGUGAAGGACGUGGAGGACACGGAGCUGUUCGACUGGGAGGAGAUCGCCGACGUUGCGGCGCAGCGUGAGCGCAUCACGGACUACCUGUGCUGGGAAGGCCCGACGAUCCCGAAGCCGGUGCUGGAGGGCCGCGUCUUCAAGUAA